GUCACAAACAAAAAGUCACGAAACUAAAGAAACCAUGUUCACUUCCUCCGACAAACCUCGUUCCCCAAUCGACUUCUACAAAGACGACAACAACAACAACAACAACACAUCAUCCCCAACCUCACGAGACAUAAACAUGAUAAUCGACGGAGAUCUAAACCCUCCACACCAAAUCCUCCUGGGAGACAACAGCAGCAGCGAAGACCACGAGAUCAACAACAACAACAACAAGCUCCCCAAGAAGCGAGCGGAGACAUGGGUACAAGACGAGACACGGAUCUUGAUCACGCUACGGAGGGAGAUGGACAGUCUUUUCAACACUUCAAAGUCCAACAAACAUCUAUGGGAGGAGAUUUCGUGUAAGAUGAGGGAGAAAGGGUUUGAUCGGUCUCCGGCUAUGUGUACGGAUAAGUGGAGGAAUAUGUUGAAAGAGUUCAAGAAGGUUAAGGAUCAUCAGGACAAAGGAAGUGGGAAGAUGUGUCAUUACAAGGAGAUUGAGGAUGUUCUUAGGGAGAGGAGCAAGAAAGUUGCUAAAGUUGAUUCCUUUAUGCAGUUUACUGAUAAAGGUUCAAACUUUUUUGUUGCUUGUUUUUGGGUAUUGAGAAGAAGAGAUUUGGUGUUUUUGGUUUCAGUUUUGUUAACCCUUUUGGAUGAAGUUGAUUCCUUUAUGGAGUUUACAAAUAAAGGUUUUGAAGAUACAGACAUUUCCUUUGCAUCUGUUGAAGCUAGUGGUAGGCCAACAUUAAAUCUUGAAAGGCAGCUUGAUCAUGAUGGCCAUCCUCUCGCCAUUGCUUCUGCUGAAGCCGUCACUGCAAAUGAAGUUCCUCCAUGGAACUGGAGAGAACCCGCUGGAAAUGGCAGUGAUGGUCAGCCGUUUGUUGGGAAGAUCAUAACAGUGAAGUAUGGAGACUAUACAAGAAGAGUUGGAAUCGAUGGUACUGCUGAAGCCAUCAAGGAAGCUAUCAGGUCUGCAUUUAGGUUGAGAACAAGACGAGCUUUUUGGUUAGAAGAUGAAGAACAGGUUAUACGUUCACUUGACCGAGACAUGCCUCUAGGGAACUAUACACUCCAUGUUGAUGAAGGAAUAUCUGUUAGAGUGUGUCACUAUGAUGAGUCUGAUCCAUUACCAGUGCAUCAAGAGGAGAAAGUGUUUUACACGGAAGAGGAUUACAGAGACUUCUUGGGACGAAGAGGAUGGACAUGUCUGAGAGAGUUUGAUGGAGGGUUUAGGAACAUAGAGAGUAUGGUUAGGAAUGUAGAGAGUAUGGAUGAUCUUCAACCUGGUGUCUUGUACAGAGGAAUGAGAUAACGAGUACUGCAGAAAGCUAGAAGAUUUUUUUUUGCGUUGUGAAUGUGGUCAGAAAUUAAUAGACUUUUAAAGAGUUGAAUCUAGGAUAUGUUGUAUGGUUGGUAAACAAAAUGGUCACUGCAGGCAAGGCAGCUAUAAGAUCACGUUGUUUUUUCUUUGUAAAUAUGUUACGUCUAUGCAUAUCUUAUUUUUGAGAUUGGUAGACUUUGAAAGAACUGAAUCAAAGAUAUGCUAAGGGACAAUGUCAAUGAAAAAGCGG